AUGGCAGACCUCACGGAAGGCUUGCUGCUCCUACUCGAGCACAAGACCGGCAAAUACUACGAGCAAACGGGAAAAGAGAGGAUGACCCCACACGGACAUGCUGCAGUCGAAGAGAUCGAGUUGGUGAUCAUGCUCUCGAAAAACCCAGACAUCCGCGUGUGCCGCAAGGCCAUCGAACCAGGCAAGACGACCAUCGAGAUCUACAAAUCCGACUUGUACAACAAGGAGGAGAAAGCUGCGUUGGGCGAGAAGGCGGAGUCGAAGGAGGAGGUUCCGUGGCUGGAAUUCCUGGGCUAUGCGUAUGCUGGCCACAAGUUCACGGAGGUCGUGAUCCUUGUGCCAGAGGACGUCGCGAAGCCGAAGUAG